UUGAUCUUGAACAACAAAGUAGCCUUGACAAAGACUAUUUGUAUGAAAAUGAAACUAAAAAUAAGAAGAACAAAGAGAGGCUUUUUGUUCUUGAGCAAGAUAUACUUACAAAUACUAUGCUGGCUACUGAACUUGAAGACUCAGAUCAUGAUGUUGAGCAG